AUGGAAGAGAUCCAAUCAAUUGACAAGGAUGUGGACACGCAUAGUAUUCAGCUAGGCAAAACCCCGCCAACCUUGACUUAUUUCUGUGUGUAUAAUUCAUCCUUGAGUCAAUCGGAAGAGAACACCAAAGAUCAGAUCUUGUACUAUACAGCCAAAAAGGUCGUUCCUGCUGAUGUGAAAAUGAAGCAGGUGGGACUCGCUCAAGCCCUCGUCAAUUUCACGUCCGCCUUUUCUCCUUCGCAGCUCGCUCAAAAUGUGCACACGCAAAAGAAUCGCAUGGUGUUUCUGCAGCCCGAAGAAGGAUUCUGGAUCCAUAUGAGCAUUGAACUGGGGAUUUUGCGACGCCAUAUCAAAGACAGCAAGGGAAAAGAAAAAUUGGUGACGGAGUACCUCGAUGCUUCCUUGAACGACAGAGCACUCGAAGCCGUUUUAAAAGUUGGCUAUGAACAGUUUAGACUCUUAAAUGGUACAUUUGCUUCUCUAUUGUAUGGAGAAGAGACCUCCUCGCCAUCGAAAAUGCCGAGCCGGCAGCACAUGCGUUCACUGAUGCACAGCAUUGAAGAAUUUUUCUCGGAUUGGAUUUGGAAACUGGAUUUUGAUCGCUUGGAUACCAUGGUGUUUUCGGCCGUUUUCAAUGGGGUUCCAAGUUACCCUAUUCUUCGAUCCACUUAUAUGCGCGUGCAUGAACUUGAUCAGUCCAUCGUCGACAAAUUCCAUUCCGCUAUUGAUCACCUAGUGGUUCUCGACGCGGACGAAGGAUCUCUAGUCUAUCGAUCACCCUCGAUAAGCAUCAACGAUGUCUGUGCGUUGCGAAAAUACAUAUUGAAACGCGUUGAAAAAGGCCUAGCUCAAGAUCAAGAACGCGAAAAAAGAUUACAGGAACGCAAACUAGCAGCCAGUAAAAGCGACACCAAGAUGAGCGGCUUCAAACUUCUCACCAAAUCGUUUUCACAUGCACAAAUAUUCAAUUACUUCUCCUCCUCCGCCUCAAAAUCCAACCUCCCUAUCCAUUCAGCCCCCAUUUCCGAAGCCAACUCCACUGAGUCCAUACCAUCGCUGCCAGCUACCUCACAUAUCCCACCACAACCUUCUUCACCCACCACCGCAAUACCGACCACAGACAUGAGAAUGACCCAAGGAAAAUAUUUAACCGGUCUGGUAGAAGAUUAUUGCAUGGAUAUGGAUGGCGAAGAACGAUGUAUUGCCCGAGCGGAGAUUGUCCGUGUUUAUCUGAGCAGCAGGUCUGCUCUCGAAAACGCUUCAACUACACCAGAACCUCAUGAUGGCUUGACGGAAUAUUUCUUGGUGAUAUACAAGCAUCAAAGUAAUUUGGUGUGGUCGUUCCUAUUGCCAUCCUUUAGUGCAGAGGCCCAAGAGAUGAUCGUUGAUGCCUCGUUUUAUCCCUCACUAGAAAAUCAUCUGAUUGACCAACACAUUGAACCAUUAACGGCCACGGUCCUGGAGAACAUGCAGACGGCUCAGGAAAAGAGGUAA